AUGUGGUGUAAGGUGUGGUUCCAAAACCGUCGAGCAAAGUGGAGAAAGAAGGAGCACACCCGGAAAGGGCCCGGCCGACCGGCUCACAACGCCCACCCGGUCACCUGUUCCGGCGAGCCCAUCCCCCCUGAGGAACUGGUCCGCAAGGAAAAGGAGCGGCGGGAGAAGAAGCUCCGGAAGCAGCUGGAGAAGCAGCAGAAGAAGCUGGCCGCCAAGGGCAUCACCACGGACCUGGAGACCCUCCGGAAGGAGUGGGAGAGCAAGCACGCCGCGGGCAAGAAGUCGGGAGGGAAUCAUCAUCUCCUCUCCUCCGACAAUUCCACCUCCGAGGGCUUCGUCGACGUCGUCACGAACCCAGACAACGAGGAGAACGACGAAAACGACGACGACGACGACGACGACGACCUCAAAAAGAACAGUGCUUUCAGUGCCGUGCGCCAGGAACAAAACACCAUCACUAACAGCAACAACAACAACAACAGUGCACCGAAGAGCACCACUAACAGUAUGUCCUUCAGCAUAGACAGCCUGCUGCGGCAGCAGCCCUCUCUUGUCAAGUCUGAAUCUCGGGAUUCUCCAUCGAAUUAG